UCUCUAUCUUAUUCCAAUCAAAUCCUUUUAUUUCUUUUAUUUUCCGUACCAAUUCAUCUUUUCUGGGUCUAUAUAAACCCCUGUUUAGUUUCACCCUAAAAUAACAGAUUAACAUAUCUUUCCAUUUCUCUCAUAUAUAUUUUCAGUUCAAAUUCUCUCUAUUUUUUCCAGAAAUUAAACUUGAUUUUAUGGCCGCUAAUUCGAGUUGCCGUGGAGUUACCACCUUUGGAAAACGAUUCCUCACUCAAAUCGUUUCUCACCCAACUCGCCCCCUUUCUGCUGCUGCUCCUGCUUCUAGGAGGUCUCUUCAUGCUUCAGUGUAUGACAAGAACGUCGAUGAUCAUGUCCGCCCAGCUGUGGUGCCAGAUGAUAUGAUUCAGCCUCAAUCAGAUAAGUACUGGUCUCCAAAUCCUAGCACCGGGGUUUUUGGACCUGCUGCUGAGAAUAACGCAGCUGCAGACCGUGGUUUCCACUCUUCGCCCUCAAAUGCUGGCUACGAGUCUGUGCUGGAGCAGAAGACCUUUUUCCGUCCUCUUGAGGACCUGGAGAAACCCCAGCAUCCUUGAUACCUUAAAGAAGAUUAAGCCGCCCUAGUUAAUUACUACAUAUACAUACAUAAGUGAAACUAGAGGCAGGCUAGUAGUUAUAAUAUAAUUGAGUCGUAGUUUAUGCUAGUAAAAAAAAACUCUGCUCUAUAAUAAUUACUCGAUCGUGUUCAUAGAGUUCGUGGGCGAUUAGUCGCUUGGAAGAUCAGUGCUUAAAAGUUGUGAUAUGCUAUCCUGCUCUGAUGAUUUUGUAUUUUGGUUACGGGUGUGAUGUAUUUUGUUCAGAUACAGUAUCAUCUUACUUGUAUGAAUAUCAGAGCGUUUAUGUAUACAAAAAUAUCUUCUUUGUAAUUUAUUUAGGCGAAAUUUUCUUUUUGAAAUCUAAAUGCUAAGUAAACAAAUAAGCCAAAUGAGAUAAUGAUAAGAAUCUUUAUCA